AUGCCGGUGAUGGUAGGGGAGUUGUUUGAGCAUUCUACGGGAUCGUGGAAAAAGGAGUUGGUACUUAACUAUUUUGAAGAGGAGGAAGCAAAACUUAUACUGGGGUUGCCUAUUAGUUUAGAUGGUUGUCAUGAUAAACUAAUUUGGCAUUAUUCUAGGAAUGGAGAGUAUACGGUCAGAAGUGGCUAUGGAGUGGCUAUGGAUCUUCAAGCGAAUGGGGAAUUGGAUAGGAAGGGUACGGGAAUGGGAAGUAGGAGUAUGGUGUCUGACCGUGUUUGGCAGGAUAUUGAUGUGGAUGCCGUCAAAGGGGUGGAUUUUCUGGAAAGUUGGAAGAAGAUUGUAGCACGGUUUAAGGAUGAAGCUGUUAAACUGUCCCACAUCGAGUGGGACCGGCCCAGCGAUCCAAAAAUUCUAACAGAAGCGGUAAAAGACGAGCUGUUACAGGAAGUUGUUUUUGGCCUUUCGAGAAUAUGGAAAUGUCGGAAUGCAUUGGUUUUUGAAGGUACAUAUAGAACUCCAAAGGAUGCGAUCGUUUUAUCACGAAGCCAUAUUCAAGAGUUUAGAAAUGCCCAGCCAGAAAAGACAAGGGAGAAGGAGCGCUGCUGGAAACCUUCAACGUCGGUUUUUGCUGGACAACAAGUUCGAUGGAAACGUCCUAGUUUUGGGACUUUGAAAAUUAACUGUGAUGGGGCAUGGCGUGGGAAAUCAAUGUUAGGUGGCUAUGGGUGGGUGCUGCGAGAUUUUGCGAGACUUUUGCACAUGGCUGGUAGGGUGAGAGGUGAGUUUUUCAAUGAUGCAGCUAUGGUGGAAGCGGCUGCAAUUCGUGCAGCUUUGGUGGUAUGUAGGGACAUGCAUUAUGAAAUGGUAGAGAUAGAGUCUGACGCUCUCUCUCUUAUCAACAUGAUAAAUGGGGAAUGCUCAAUUGAUGCAAAUUUGGAAUGCUUCAUUUUUUAUAUUCAGAAUUUGGUGUCUCAGAUUAGAGAGGUGAAGUUUAUGCAUGUUCAGCGAAGUGGCAACCUCGCUGCCCAUGCAAUGACUUCUUAUGCUACCUGGCAUGGUGGUUCGUUCAUGUGGAAUGCUUAUGAUUCUGAAUUUCUUUUUAAUAUUCUUGCAGAAGAUGUAAACGUUUCUAUUAUAAUUUAA